GUUUAUUGGGCAAACUGUGAGCGUGGUGUAAGAGAACUUUAAGUAACAGCUUGUGCCAAAUUUACACGGACUUCCUCUCAGCUUGUUCACCAAACAGAGCUGAGAUCUCUAAAGCUGCCAGCACUGUUGUUUACAGACACGAGACACACGGAGCUCGAUGUUUAAUUUGAUUUCAUUUCCAUGUAUAAUUUUCACACAUUAGUUCUCCACCCAGGACAACAGAAGUGCCAAACUCCGAGAAGAAUACACCCAGCGUCUGUCAGAGCUCAUCGAAUACAAAGUUUACAUCCAGCGCUAAAUGUUUACAGACCACGGUUUCCAUUGCAGUUUCUUACAUGACUUUUGUGCCAUAAACAGCUCCCAGAACACCCUGCAUUCAGAGACAUAAGACUCUUCUUCUGGAAGGGUCAUUAUACGACGAGUUUACAGUUUUUCAUACUCAUUUUGUUUACAGAAAACGUCUCAAUACUGCCUGUUUUGAAGAUUUUUUGGCCAACGGACUGUAAAACGGCACUUUGUCGACCGACAGACCAAAAUUAAACAUUUAAUACCUGCUGCCAUAAAACAAACCCACAUUAUUCUGUAUUUCUAAUCAAUGUUAAGUUAGAUUACUUUAGGUCUACAGCCAUUGUACAGACACAUCGCAUAGGGCCUAAAAAACUCUGAAAGACCUCAAUGUUUACAAACGCUGCUUAUGGGAAGGAUUUGUAUUCAGAGGGAAAUGUUUACAUUCAGAUGACGGAGUGACUCGCCAAACGCAUUCAUGAAACACUGCUCGAACAACGUGAAUCUGCUGAAAUCCAACCCAAGGGAUUAGUUCAUCAGACUGCAGAUAAUACUUUUCGUAAUGGAGGUUUUUUUUGGAGGAUCUCGCUGACAUUUGAAGCUGUUUGGGACUUUUUUGGCUCGAGAACUUUGUGAUAAAACAAUGACGUCUAAAAUAUUAAAGGGGAUGCUUUGCUUAUCCCUUAUCCUCUUGCUUCUCUCCUGCCUCGCUGUUUCCACUGUAACCAUCACCACUCGGCGACGCGCUGUCGAUGGCGAUAUCAGGACUCUGACCGGCAGGGGCGGCUCUGCCGCUGCUGGUAAAACGAGUACCACAUUGUUCCUCCUGACGGGCUACAAGCAGCCACUCCCACGGCUGCCUGCCGGACCCCAAGUGCCGCCAAAAGCGGCAGAGGUGGAGGAUGGGGAUGAUCCACCGGUCAUGGCUGAGCUGCCACCAAAGCCCCUCCCUCAGACCAUGUUGCCAAGGAACGUAACGGCAGCACUGAAGCCUCCGCUCGGUGCGGCCCAGGUGGCUCCAGCCCCGAGACAGCUGGUGGAUGUGGACCUGUGCAAGGGUUACUACGAUGUGAUGGGGCACUUUGACAACUCGUUCAACUGCUCCCAGGGCAGUUACAUCUACUGCUGCGGCACCUGCCACUACCGGUUCUGCUGCGAGCACCAGAGGAACCGGCUAGAUCAGGAUUCCUGCACCAACUACAAGUCCCCCGACUGGGCUGACCCGCAGGUCCCCGCCACUGUGCCCGCGUUGAAACCCGACCCCGACUUUGAGACGUUUCCGCAGCAGAGCAGCAGUACAGCCUAUGUGAUCGGAGGUGUGAUCUCCUUCACUGUCGUGGUGGCCGUGGGCGUCAGGAUUGCCUUCAGCAAGGUGGCUCGUCGACCCCGAAACCGAGACAUCAACAUGCCCAGAUCACUGGUGGAUAUCUUACGUCACCAGUCGAGCCCCGUGCAGCAGGGCGAGAGGAACAACAGCACAGUGCUGACCACCACCUCAGACGGACGCACAUCCAAAAACCUGUACACCCCCAUCCUACAGAUCAAAGACAACCGCAAGCGUGGAUCCCGCAUGAACAACACCUCCCAGCUCACUUCCGGGCCCACCCUGAUUUCUGGUAGCAGCAAAGGUGCGGGAGGCGGUGGCAGCGUCUUCGGAGGCAGCAUGAGACACAACAGCAGCCACCCGUCUUUCUCGCACUCCUUCCACAACCUGGCCCAGCUGCCACCAUCCUACGACGCGACCAUGAAACCUGAGAUCAACCGCUACAGCUCGCUGAAGAGGCUGGAGAAAGAACUCGAUGAGUACUCCAGCUACUACAACUCCAAGCGCCGCUCCAACAACGCUCCGCCCUCCUUCCACUCCUCUCAGCACCACCUGCCCUGGGGAGGGGACUACACGCUGGGAUCCAGAGGCACGCUACCCCUCCACGGCUCUCGACCCCACCUCCACAUGCCGCCCUCCACCCCGAACCCAUACCCGCUCCCUUCCCAGACACAGUACACCAGUUCCAGCUUCGAUAGGCCACCACGCCGUGUCCGCUCCCAGGACCAGCUGCUGGCAUUAGGGGAAGGCAACACUCUGUCCCGUCUGUCCAAGAACCAGCAACACCAGUACUACAAAGCCAUGAUGAGCACCAGCAGGAGCUCUACAUCACAGACACUCCGCAGGUCCCAUGAGCGGCUCCUGGUCUCCCCUGACCGUCUGGAGGACCGGCUGAUGACGAUGGGUCUGUUGCCGGGAACGAGUGAGCGAGGGGGAGGAACCGGGAUGGUUCCCACCAUGGGCCGGCUCAGCCACCACCAGAAGGCUCAGUCACAGCAGAACAUUUGUGUCACGCCAUCCAUGGACCGCCACCACAUGAUCAAGAUGAACUCCCACCCCACACCAGGCCACGAGCACGACCGCAGCACCGCGACCAUGUCCGGCAUGGGCAUGCACGGUGGCUGGGACUCCCACGGCGUGACAGGUGGAGGCCACCCCAACGCCCGACGUAUGGCUUUCGCCAGCAAGAGGCAGAACACGAUUGAACAGCUGCACUUCAUCCCCGGAGGAGGUGGAGGCCAGGGACUCCGGACUGGGAGUAAGAAUGAGGUGACAGUGUGAGAGGAAGAGCGGUGGAGAAGAGGUGCAGAUGAAAAGAAGCUGAAGACCAGAUGAAGAGAGGGAAGCAGCGAGGUGUUUAGUGUGAAGAUAUGAGCAGGAAAUGGCAAAGAAACAAGCAAGUGGUUUGAUAUCAGCUGGCUCCCUGACAGGGCUGCUCUCAGCUGCACACAGCCCCCUUCAUAAAAUAAAAAGUGGUGGAUGGCAACAUUAGUGAGUAAAGCCAAUUGAUUCUCUCUUUGUCACUUGUGUAUUGGAAAAGAGAAAUUUCACCUAUUCUUUGUGAAGAGAAGACAAAUGCCCAAGUAAAGAGCAAAAAAAAAGAAAAGAAAAAAGCAGUUAAAGGCUGCUGGGUAUUCGCUGUGACUUUUAUUGAAGGAUAUCCACUGAGUCAAAUUUGUUGAAUUGUCCUUGAGUUUUGUUGCGCUGUCCUCUGAGUCCUCGAGUGCUCCGACAGAAAUUCAUCCAUCUUUGAAUCCACUGUGGAUGUCAGAGCGCCGAGACAGAGGCAGACGGGUUUGCUUGUCAGUGUAUUUAUACAAGUAUUUAAAACCAAACAAGUUGCUUUUGUAUGAAAUUAACCUGAUACUAUUACUGCUACUACUACUAAUAAUAAUAAUAUUAGCAUAACUGAGCCCUGUAGGAUUUUGUGUAUACUUAGUUGAAAACAUAUUUAUCCUUUAGCCAGCCACUUUGUAAUGUAAAGACUGGUCACGUGAUCAGUCUGUCAUUUCUUUCUCUAGUCGUGAUUGGACUAUCAAAGUAAAACUGCUGAAAUAAUGCAGCAGUUAACUCUCAUUUGAUUUCUUUAUAGCUCGAUUCACUCAAGCUAAAGAUAAAUAAUAAAAUGAGCCAUUUAGAGAUGAAAAGCAAGUCAAAGUGCUGCCAUAAAGGCCCAGUCACACCAGCAUUUCACGAAAACUCCCAAGAACUAAGUGCCAGUUAAUGAUAAAGGGAAGGAUAAAAAUAAAGAAGGUUGAGGAGCUAUUGUGAAUGUGUUAGCAGUUAUCUAACCGUGUCUCGAGUUGCUACUUCUGAAACAUUUUGAAUCCAGAUGUUCGCCUGUGUUUCUGGUGUGACCGGGCUUUAAAAGUAAAGUCCACUUUGCAGUAUGAUUUUAGCUAACUAUGCUCUUGUACAGUGAAAUCUAGUGGGUGUAUAUCAUCUAUGAAACAUUGUGUAAUUCGUAGGGUAAGAAAGUUUUGAACUGAGCCAAUCUCAUACAUUGACUGACUGACCAAACAUUCUUCAGCAACUGUAGGGUUUCCGCCAGUCUACCACAGACUUAGCAGCUUUUUAAUUGACCACCUCCCACACUUUUUAAAAUAAAAGCUACAUUUGUAACGUUAACUAAUGUAUCUUAUUAUCCUGGUGUUACUGUUACCCAUUUUUCAGAUCAGCUUAUAGUACAAUAAUUUUAAAAAGAAAAUAAAGAACAAUGUUAAACUUAAAGCAUUAGCUUUGGUGGACAUUUACUAUUUACAAAUGACAGUAAGCUACAUGAUUCCUAGCCAUAAGUGAACAACUUUAACCAUGUUGUGGGCUCUGUGGGUGGUAUAGCACAGUAAAGUGGGAAAAAACUUUUUUUGUCACUCAAUUUGUAUCCAGAGAUAUAAAGUGAGAGCUAACUGCAUAUUAAGUCUGACAUCAUUGGCCAUUUCUGGUCCCAAAAGCAAAGAGCCACUGAGGAACCUUUGAGAGUUAAAAAAUUCCAAAUUCCAAGCUUGAAUGAAAUGAUCUGUGCGCUUGUUCUCCCAGUAAAGUUUAACAUUCCAGCAAUCAUGAAAAAGGUUUACUAAGCUGGAGUUAGCAUUAAGUUAUUUGAUUGAUUGGUAAUUUAUUUCAAACAUGUAAACAAUAUACAGGUACAUUUAGAAAAGAAAAUAAGAGAGAGAAAAAAAAUACUAUACAAAAAAAUCAAUACAUUUCGAUAUAGCUGCCGUUCUGAUUAAUUUACAUGUUGAAAUGGAGUGGGAAGAAGUAAACAAAUUAUCAGUUAAUAUUUAGUCAGCUUCCUUACUGAUAUAAUUUGUAAUAAAAUAUAGUGAACAGAUUUCUGAUAUACUAUAUACUAUAAUAUAAAGUUAGUUGAUCUUGUCAAGUGAAGCUAAGCUAGUUGACAUAUACCUGGUGCCAUUUGCUAUACAGAGCAACGUUUAGUCUAAAACAAACUAAUAUAAAGUCCAAGUUGAGGUUUCUUGCUGAGACAAAUGUCUUCAUUGAAUCAGACCAGGAAGCCAAGUCCAUCUUUUAUGUUUCCUAUGAUUUCAUUGACAGGAAGAAGAUAAUAAAAAUGGAACGCACUUCACCUAAGAUAACAUCUGAGCCUCAUCUAUGACAUAAGGUUAUGAAAAAUGUAAAAAGUCCUGAGCCUAAGUUGAAUGCUUACACUUUGUGUCUGAGACACCGUUAGCUCAUGGCUAGGAUAGCUAGCUUUGGAGAAUAAAAAGGCACUUUGUUGGAAAACAUUAAAAUAGUUUCUGAUUUCUAGUUAAAGUGAUUUUGGAUGGCAGUUAUUAAGACUUGGGAGAAUAAUUUUCAAAAGCCAAAAAUCCCAUUUUAAAAACACCAUUAAUUCUACAUUUGGACCCAUAAACAGGGUUGUUUUAUUAUCGCUCAACAAAAUGGCCAAAAUGUUUCUGCUAUAGUGGAUUGAUGGUGCAACAUCAGCAAUGUUAAAUGGUGGCUGGGGUCGACAACUUUUCUGGCGGAAACCCUGAACUGUUCAAAACUUUUCAUUGCAAGCUUGUAGAGGGGUCGAGGGUUUUGUUUCUGCCGCCGACUGGUAUUAAACCAACCCUCCUGUACGUCUACAGCACCACACGUUUUCCUGCAAGUUUAGCUGCUCACCUCGUAUGAAGGGAAAGGGUGGCAAAUGGGUUCGAGGCGGUGGGGGGGGGGGACAAUGGACACUUCACACCAAGGGCUAAAAUGAAUUAUCUUUGUGUGUCUAUGCUCUGUACAGUCUCUGCUUCUCAUUUUCAUUUUUCCUGUGAGUCGGGAGGCAUGCUCGUGCAUAUUUUUCACAGAUUUUUUUAUUUUUAUUCUUCUUGUGUAGAGAGAAAAAAAAUUAAAAUGCAAGGAAACUGUGCAAAGCAAAAGAACUUUUGUGUACCAUGUAAAGACACAUAACCAUUUUAAAAAGUGGCGGGUGAAGCGUUGACCAUAAUGAUGUCAUAUUUUGUACAUUUUUUUGGGUUUUCUGGCUGUGAGAUGGACCUUCUGGCCACGCUGGCUGGAUUUACCCUUUCUGGGGUUUCAAGAGAGGCCUUGUUUAAGGUUCCACUCUCGAGUUGUAUUUCGAUAAAGACAGACAUGAUUGAUUACUGUGUGAAGCUUCCUGCCAGCCAUUUUUAGUGUUUUAAUACAUGUGCUCACGUGUUAAUGGUUUAUGUAGAAGUUCCCCCUCAAUGACACUAUGAACGCUAUUAUCAUGAGCUCUCUUUCUUUCUCUUCUACUUAAACAUGUAUUUAUUUUUUUAAUCUCUGUGAGUUUAAUGUAUAAUCCUGGAUUUUCAGUAUUAAAAACUUUCUAGUGGAAUUUAAAAAAAAGAAUAGAAGAAGAAAAACCCUUUGUAUUCACGAGAACAAAAAAGAGCUGAUGCAAUCAUAGAGAAAAGAAGAAACGCAUGACGGUGUCAGAAGCCAGUGUUGGUGAUGUCAUAGUGCUGACUUAUGAUGUCACGGCGUGUAUGUGCGUAAAUGUACAUGCGUCUGUUUUAGUUUGUGUGCCCGUGCGUGUAACUUUCUGUGUCUUCUUAUUCUUCUUAGGAAUGCUGAACCUCAUUAUUAUUUAUUUUUCUUCUUUUUUUUGGACCAAGCUUGGGGUACGUCUUCAGCACUCGAGUCACUGCGUGUUCAUAUCAAGCUCUAAUGACAUUUUCAAAGCCUGUUGUUCUUUUAAAAAUUCAUUUUUUUAAAGGGACAUUAUUCAGUCAGCUUUUCUUGUCGAGCUACGUUCACCAAAGUGAGGACUUUUCAGACGUUUGAAAAUGUAACUUACUGAAGGCUUAUAUUGUGUCAGGUUUUGGUGUUUUAAGAGAAGCUGAGUGCGUUAAUUUAUUGGUUUUUAAGUUUGUGUCACUGAAAUUUGAAUUUAAAGGUACUUUUUUGUAAACUUUGAUGUUUAAAAAUUCUUUAAAACGUUCCAAAAUGAACAAAACUAUGAAAAAGAAAUGUGAAGAAACAACCACUGUGACUUUAUAUAUAAAACAUACACUGUUUGUGUGGAAGAGACAUCAAGUGAAGUUGGAAUGGGGUACAAAUAGUCUUACCUUUAUUUAACCAGGUAAGUCAAAAACAGCACAUUUUUACUUAUGACCAACCAACAUUUCGACUGCCUUGUCUUGAUCAAAAAAUAGGUCAAAAACUAUCAGACGUAACCACCGUGACAUCGCCCACUAGUUUUUGGAGUCCUGUUUUGAAGCCUUGAGAUGAGCAUUUUCAGUACCUGACCUGACUGAAAACCUCAAUCAAAUUCUCCCAAGGGUAAUUACAAAAAGUACCUUUAAUAUAUGUCCACAAAAACUUUUUUUAAAGAAAUGUUUUCCUCUGAGCUUGUUUAAAAAUACAUUUAAAGGCACAGAAGACGCUUUAUUUAAGCUGCAAUACGGCCAAAAGAGGAGAACACAAAUUGCAUUUAAAGGUUGUUUUCUGUGGAGAGCAGUUGUUGCUGAUGUGGAGCAGAAUGUAAAGUGACCUGACUUUGGCUGAUGUUAGAACCAUAAAAGAGCACGAGGCGUAAAAUAAGAAGGGAGGGGAAUUCAGUUGUAUUUUUAAUGUCUCGCUCAUUUCUCCUCAUACCUUCAAAAGUCUGAUGCAGAUGUUAUAAUCCAUGUUCAGUUAAUUGGUCCCCUGAUAAAACUGUGUGCGUGUAGGUGUGCGUUUGUGUGCUUGGGUGUGUGUGUGCGUGUGUGUUUUAACCACUGGGGGGGUGUUGGGAGGCAUGGGCGUAUUUGUAUUCUCGAAGCUACUCUGCAUACCUCAAAUUGUAUAAUACAUUUAUUUAUUACAUCCCCUUAUAUGUCUAUUUCCAAGAAUAUCCAGACAAAGGUCUCACAGAUGUGCAACCCUUUUGUUAUUGGUGAUCAAUUCUUGCGUUUGUAGAAAUCAUACUGUUUAAUUGAUAAUAACAAUAAAAUUAA